AUGGCGCCUUCCCCGAGUAACGCUGCGCGUCAGUCUGUCCGGCUCCCUCAACCGCUGCUUGCAGCUCUGCUCAUCUACCUCACACUUUCUCACGUGAGCUCUGCUUCAGCUGCAGUGGAUGAGUGGGAUGGUACAGACGAUAAGCUGGACGAUUAUGCGCAGUUCAUGGACCUGGACUCGCAGAUCACUUACAACGCGCAUGGUCAUCCGGGGAUGGUCUUGGAAGACGAGGAGGAGCAGAGCGAGGUCGGGGGACGUCAUCGUUACAACGCGAUGCACAUCGUCGACGGCAAGGGCAGCCUGCUCCACAUCAAGUAUGACGUCCGCACGGUGGCAAACUUGGUGAACCUUGCGAACCAUGCGGACGUCAUCUCUGGCGUGAGGUGCUUUCGAAACGAGCUCCACGUGUCCGUAAUCGACGGCGCUCCUUUGCCAACGUGGCCGACGGGCGCGACUCUGGUGGGGGGCCUGGAGUGGAACUGUACGGACGAGGAGGGGGAGCCGGCGCCUUUCUACCGGCGACUGCUCCGAGUGCUUCCGGACAACGAAAGCAGUGACGUCAUCAUGGAGACGCACCACCGAGAGAUGGUCCACUGCUUCCGUGGGGCCAAGAUAUCGUUCAAGUAUACUCCCUGCAAGGGGUCCCCCGACAGUCCCGGGGACGACUUACGUCAUGCGCGGCGCAAGCUCUUGCAGUUCGGUUUUGUGAAGACCCUCGUCAAGACCGCCGGUCAAGUUGUGGAUGCCGGCGUGUCAGGCGUCAAGAAAAUGGGUCAGGCGGUGGUUAUCGCCGCUGACGUGGUGGGAAACCUCGCAAUUAACGGCCGGUUCGACUGGCACGGCGGCCAGAACUGGGACUUGUUCCAAUUCAACUACGAUAAGGCGACGCAGCGGGCGGUUCUGCAAAACGAUGUGUUGUAUGCGAAGACGGCAACUCAGAGCAACGGCUUCAAUACAAAGGAGUCCGCGCGCGUCACGUGCGUCAACUGCUAUGCAACGCUGGAGGCGGGAGUGAGCGUCGACAUCGUGCUGAAGCGGCAACAACUGGAGCAAGCCCAUCGGCCCGAACCGCGCGUUCAGCACGCUCACCAUAAUGGCAGCCCCGUGCCGCUCGUCAUCCUGCCCAGCAUCCAGCUGUACGCGCGCGCGAACCUCGCGGCCGCGGUGCGCGGCGGCGCGACCUUCGGGGUGGACUACCAGCAGCGGCUGCAGUUCGGGCAGGAGUUCCGCGAGGCGUGGGGGGAGUUCCGGCCGGUGCAACCGGAAGCCUUCGCGCGCCUGAACCUGCACCCGCCCACGUUGUCUUUCCAAGGCGAGGCAAUGAUUGAGGGGCUGCUCAUUCUGGAAGUGACGCUGAAGCUGUAUGACGCGAUACCGGUGGUUAUCGCGCCGGCGCCUUAUCUGGGGGUCGAGUUUGCGACGUCGCUAACCCGCAUCCAGAAGAGCUGCCCGAUCUCUUAUAGGAUCUACUCCGGGCUCAACCUCUCCCUGGGGCUCGACAAGCUUGAGAUUCCGCUGGGGAAGGUGAAGGUCAACGUGGGCGGCAGCAUUAUACCCUUCCGAAAAAGCCUCCGCCUGAUCGGCAAAUCCUAUCUCCCCUGCGCUUAUUGCUCCGGCUGCAUACACACCCUGGGCUCCGACCCUCUAUAUAAGUGGGUGGCGGGCCCUUGGGGCACGUGCGGCGCCGACAGCGUGUGGAAGCGUGACGUCACGUGCCAGGCCGACGGACAGCCCAACUUCGCGAUGGCGGACGCCCUUUGCAAGGACGCCGGCGCCAAGCCGCCCGCCUCCAGCGCGUGCAGCGUGGCGCCCUCCUGUCCCGCUACCUGUCAGCCUGCGGACGGCGUUUGCAACGCCGAGUGCAACGUGGCAGCCUGCGGCCACGACGCCGGCGACUGCCGGACGUCCGACCCGUGCCGAGCCUUUUCGGACUGCCGCACGUGCCUGACGGGCCCGGCCGUCUGCGGCUGGUGCGCGAGCGCCGGUGCGUGCAUCCAGUCCGAAGCGGCGUGCGCGCGCGACUUUUGGACGGACCGCUGCGCUCCGGAGGAGACGCAGAUCGCCUUCAGCCGCCCCUCGUAUGCGGACACUUUGCGGGCCGGCCAGAGCUUUGCCGUCCGGUGGUCUGGAGGGCCUGCGUCCGGAAAAGUGGUCCUGCGCUACCGCUUCGACGACAGCCCGGACGUCUUUUCCGGCUUCGGCAUUCCGGCGGAAGGCGUCCCGAACAGCGGAACGUUCACCAAGUCUUGCGGGGGGGGCGUCCGCACGCGGACCACGUUCUGCGCGAACGCCGGAAACGGAACGGCGGUCGACGCGAGCUUCUGCUACGCGGCCGCCAAGCCGGCCGCCCCGCCGCUGUCGUGCAACACGCAGGCGUGCGUGCAGUGCCCCAACGUGCCGAUAUGCCUUCCGGGGAGCGGCUACCAGUGUACCACGUGCUCCUGUCUUCCGAACGGCGACGGAACGGAGUUUUGCGGUAUGUACUACACGGACGUGCGGACCGGGGCGCGGACCCGGACCGGGUGCGACACGCGGGGGAACGAAUAUCAGGAGUGUUGCAGGAAGCAGGGGCUCUACUGCGAGGACAAGUGUACGGAAAAAGCCCAGUGGGUCGUCGAAUUCAGCAUGGAAUGCAGCAAGCCCUGCGGAGGGGGAGACCAGUACCGGCAGUUCCAGUGCCGGGGCUGGCUGAUGCGGAAGGGGAUAAGGCAGGAGGAAUAUUGCGAAGACGCUUUCUGCGGACGAAGGCCACCGGGAAGCGGUUCGAGUGCAACACCCAGCCGUGCAUGA